GUUGUUUUAUAAAGUCUUCUUCUUCCUCCUCUCCUUCUCAUUCUAGGUCUUCCAUGGAUGUUUUACAGAGCUUGGAUGCUCUGUGGUUCUUCCACAAUGUACUCGCACCAAAAACACAGCAAAUCGCUCCAGUUACUGACGAAACGAUAAAAGAAUCAGAAAAUUUAUCAAAACUGACCGACCAAAUUCUUGAGAAUCUGCAAAAAGAAUCUCCAGAGAGGGUGCAACAGCCGAAUUCCUGUGAAAUCGAAGCCGAAAUUUCUGCUGAAAUUAACCCGGAGAUAGUGCAGCAUCCAAAAUCCAGCAAAAUAGAGGUCAAAGUUGCGGCUGAACUUGAGCCGGAGAUAUUGCGGUCCCCUGUUAAUGGGAUGGAAUUCAAAACGCCGGCGGCUACAGAAAAGUUGACAGAGAGGAGGAAAAGGACGACGAGGAGGAGCAGAAUCCGGAGAAAGACAAUCGGCGAGCUGAAUUUGUCUUCUCGUGAAACCUCCUUGGUCUCCCCUUGCUUUCCAGAGUAUUGGUAUUGGUACGGGAAUGGCGGAUAUCAAAGGCAAGGUCUGUUGAAUCAUGGUAUAGGCUUGAACACUCACCACAUGAAAUGCGUUUAUGCAGUAGCCUGUAGGCCCUGUACCGUCGAAUAAUAUGCUCUGUUUUUGCUAUGUAAACAUAUAUCCAUGGCAGGCAGGCAAAAAAAAAAAAAAAAAAAGCCCUGUACCGUCGAAUAAUAUGCUCUGUUUUUGCUAUGUAAACAUAUAUCCAUGGCAGGCAGGCAAAAAAAAAAAAAAAAGCAGUAGGACGUAGAGCCCUCUUUUGUGAAAGAAUGCAGAAUGCAGAUCUUAGUUUUGAAUGAUGCUUCUUUGAUUUUGAGACUGCUAAUGAAUCCGGGAAUUGAUAUUUCAACCUUCUCAUAAUUUUCUUUUGGUUUGUUUGCAGAUAGAUUAUAUGAAGAGUUCAAAGUUAGAAUAAAUGCUUUGGACUAUGCAAGAUUGAACAUCUUGAACAGGAAAUAACCCACAUGACUAUCCUGACAUGAUUCAGGUUUUCCUCGGAAAUGGUGGUGGCAGUGACAUCGAGAGGAAUGAGCUUCCCUUUACUGGUUUCUGUCUACUCAAACCAGAAAAAGGCUGGUGCUGAAAAGGCUUUGGUCCCCGUGUAGAUAGGUUAGGAUUAGCAUAACUGAUUUGAAUACUUCCCAAUCCCAUUUGGAACUUACGAGGAAAGUCUACAUGUAGGUGAGGCUGUCUGCAAUUCUGGCAAAUUCUUAACUUUGAUUGUGACCGCCAGGUUAACAAUAGCAAGGCAGUACUUGAGCCAAAUUCGCCACAAUGUUGUUUUAUUGUCAGUGCUGUCGGCCGCAUUGUUCUCCCUUGUGUAGUUGUGUGGAUCAGAAUUAAUCAUUCGCGAGCCA